AUGGCAUCCACCUCCGGGGUAGGGUCGUAUUCGAACCCUUUGAAGAAGUUCAAGCUGGUUUUCUUGGGCGAGCAGAGUGUUGGAAAAACUUCCCUGAUCACACGCUUCAUGUACGACUCGUUUGACAACACGUACCAAGCUACCAUUGGAAUCGAUUUCCUGUCAAAGACUAUGUACUUGGAAGAUAGAACUGUUCGCCUUCAACUUUGGGACACAGCCGGUCAAGAGCGUUUCCGAUCUUUGAUUCCUUCCUACAUCCGUGACUCGAGCGUCGCGGUCGUGGUCUACGAUAUCUCCAACGCCAAGUCCUUCCAGAACACACGCAAAUGGAUCGACGAUGUACGUGGGGAACGCGGUAACGAUGUGAUCAUCGUUCUGGUGGGCAACAAGACCGAUUUGAAUGACAAGCGCGAGGUCACGACGGCGCAGGGCGAGGAGGAGGCCAAGAAGAACGGCUUGAUGUUCAUUGAGACCAGUGCUAAAGUUGGUCACAAUGUGAAGCAGCUUUUCAGGAGAAUUGCGCAAGCCCUACCCGGCAUGGAGGGUGAAGCCAACCGGGGAGACAACCAAAUGAUCGAUGUCAACAUCACCCCGAAAGAGACCACGACCAACGACGGAUGCGCCUGCUAG